AUGGCAGAACAUCACGAUAGCGUCGUCGGCAGGGUUCACAAGUACAUGGACAUCUUCAGCCAGAACAAAUCGAACAUGGACAUCUGUAGACCCAGCCACGACGUUUAUCACGUCAACGACAAGUCGCUUGAGCAAUCCCAGCAGAGACAGAGGUGCUCUCCCCGAUACCAGUUUCUCCGUGGCCGGCACGCCUACCACAACCAUCUCUAA